AUUUAAAUCGUCAUUGAAGACAUCUCAAGAGCGAAGAGCACUUGCCCCUGCAUUGACGGAACGCGGGCGUCAAUUCCUUCGGCCGUAUCAUGAAUUCGACAUAGAAGGCCCAAAUCAUGUAUUUUUCUUCCUUUUUGGCCCUAGGGGCCCUGGUUCAGGCAGCAGCAGCAACCUAUUUUGCCCCAAACUCUACUGGUCUCCGUAUCCAGCAUGGCUUCGAGACCAUCCUCAUCCAGCCGUUUGGGUACGACGGAUUCCGCGUGCGCGCAUGGCCAUUCCGUCCGCCUUCGGGCAACGAGAUUAGCUUCAUCUAUGAUCCCCCGAUUGAAGGUUAUGAGGACACCGCACAUGGCAUGAGCUAUGACACCGCAACAACCGGCACGGAGCCUCGCACCUUGCGCAACGGCAAUAUCAUCCUGCGCACCACUGGCUGGGGUGGCACCACGGCCGGAUACCGUCUGUCCUUCUACCGCGUUAAUGAUGAUGGCAGUGAGACCCUGCUCACGAACGAAUAUGCUCCGCUGAAGUCUCUCAACCCCCGGUACUAUUACUGGCCGGGACCCGGGGCCGAAUUCUCAGCCGAGUUCUCCUUCAGUGCGACUCCGGAUGAGCAGAUCUAUGGCACGGGCACGCAACAAGAUCAUAUGAUCAACAAGAAGGGUUCCGUUAUCGACAUGGUCAACUUCAACACCCACAUCCCUACCCCAGUCUUCAUGAGCAACAAAGGCUAUGCCUUUAUCUGGAACAUGCCGGCCGAGGGGCGUAUGGAGUUUGGCAGCCUGCGCACCAGGUUCACCGCCGCGUCCACGACGCUUGUCGACUAUGUAAUUGUCGCCGCACAGCCAGGUGAUUACGACACUCUGCAGCAGCGGAUUUCGGCCUUGACAGGACGGGCACCGACCCCGCCCGACUUUUCUCUCGGGUACAUCCAGUCCAAGCUACGAUAUGAGAACCAAACGGAGGUGGAGCUGCUGGCUCAGAACUUCCAUGAUAGAGACAUCCCAGUGUCCAUGAUCGUUAUUGACUACCAGUCGUGGGCUCAUCAGGGUGACUGGGCGCUCGAUCCGCGCCUGUGGCCCAAUGUCGCGCAGAUGUCGGCGACAGUCAAGAAUCUGACCGGAGCCGAAAUGAUGGCGUCGCUAUGGCCCAGUGUUGCCGACGAUAGUGUCAAUUACGCAGCCCUGCAGGCGAACGGUCUGCUCUCAGCCACACGCGACGGCCCUGGUACCACUGACUCGUGGAACGGAUCAUACAUCCGGAACUAUGACUCCACAAACCCCUCGGCGCGGAAAUUCCUCUGGAGCAUGUUGAAGAAGAACUAUUACGACAAGGGUAUCAAGAACUUCUGGAUUGAUCAAGCCGAUGGUGGAGCAUUGGGCGAGGCCUAUGAGAACAACGGCCAGAGCACAUACAUUCAGUCCAUUCCGUAUACCCUGCCGAACGUGAACUACGCCGCUGGCACGCAGCUCGGCGUGGGUAAGUUGUACCCCUGGGCGCAUCAGCAGGCAAUCGAAGAAGGCUUCCGCAAUGCGACAGACACCAAGGAAGGAAGCGCUUGCGAUCACGUCUCCCUGAGUCGGUCCGGAUACAUCGGAUCCCAGCGGUUUUGCAGUAUGAUCUGGUCUGGAGACACCACCUCCGUUUGGGACACACUGGCACUGCAGGUCGCCAGUGGUCUGUCCGCCGCGGCAACAGGCUGGGGCUGGUGGACGGUAGAUGCCGGCGGCUUCGAAGUCGACUCGACCGUUUGGUGGAGUGGAAACAUUGACACGCCCGAGUUCCGCGAGCUGUAUGUGCGCUGGCUGGCCUGGACAACCUUCCUGCCAUUCAUGCGCACUCAUGGUAGUCGGGCCUGCUACUACCAGGACGCCUACACCUGUGCCAAUGAGCCAUGGUCCUAUGGUGCAAGCAACACCCCCAUUAUUGUCUCGUAUAUCCACCUGCGUUACCAAUUGGGUGCUUAUCUGAAGUCGAUUUUCAACCAGUUCCACCUCACGGGUCGCAGUAUCAUGCGCCCAUUGUACAUGGAUUUCGAGAAGACUGACCCGAAGAUCUCUCAGCUGGUGUCGUCGAACAGCAACUACACAACUCAACAGUACAUGUUUGGUCCACGUCUCCUGGUCUCUCCAGUGACCUUGCCGAACGUCACUGAGUGGCUUGUGUAUCUUCCACAGACGGGAGAUAAUAGCACUAAGCCUUGGACGUACUGGUGGACGAAUGAGACGUAUGCGGGAGGACAGGUCGUCAAGGUUCCUGCGCCCGUGCAGCAUAUCCCCGUGUUCCAUCUGGGAUCGCGCGAGGAGCUUCUGUCGGGUGAUGUAUUCUAGGAGCCU